GGCUCUCAUACUGAGGAAAGAUUGCCUUGAGCAAGGUCAGACGUUUGUAAUAUACUUUCAUCAUUUCGUUUUGGUCUUGACGAUACUUUCCUCAUUUCGUUUCGCCUGUUUCACACGUUUAUUGCAAACUCAUUGUGGCUAAAGAGUUGAAGUUGAAGUGACGAGCCAGUAUCUUCAUUGUUGGUUUUGGCGAUCAACUGAUCAUCUUGUGUUCAAAGUAAAGAAAAGGAAGAAUGCUGACCCAGGCAUUGUCCAAGAUACUGACAGACGUUGGUUGGAUAACCACUAUCUUCGUAGGUCUUCUGACCUAUUUAUUGGUUAGGCACUUUUUAAAAAUCCGGAAGUAUCCUCCUGGACCAUUUCCACUUCCUGUAUUGGGUAAUCUUCUUGAAUUCAAUGGCAAACAACCUCCAUUUAUAAAAAUGAGAGAUUGGCAGAAGAAGUAUGGUCCAGUGUUCACCAUGUGGGUGGGUCGUCCAGCCAUUGUCGUCAACAACUGGGAAGUGACACGGGACGCUCUCAUAGUUAAGAGGAAUGAGGUUAUAGGGAGAAACAAAACUGUGCUUGCCGAAGUAAUCAAACAAGGGUAUGAAGACAUCGUUUUUGCAGAUUAUUCUCAAGAAUGGGAGGUUUUACGAAAGAUGGCGCACUCAGCCGUGAGGAAAUACGCUGUAAGCGAGAAGUUAGCAAAGCUCGUAACUGAUGUCGUGGAUAACACCGUUCACAAGAUGCUUCAAGAAAAAGAACCUUUUGAUCCAACCAGUCAUCUUUACGUGAUUCUUUACAACAUUAUUGCUUCCUCAGCGUUCGGGAAAAGGUAUAAGGAAGAAGACGAGGAAUACCAGGAUUUAAAAGAACAGAGCGAACUGUUUUUAAACGAGUUUGGCAAUGGUUUACCUAGUGAUUUCAUUCCUCUCCUGAGAAUCUUCUAUGUUAAUCGAGAACAAAAACUGGUAAAGUCUGUGAAGAAGUUCCUAGCCAUUUUGACAACCAAGAUCGAUGAACAUAAAAAAACUUAUCAACCUGAUAUCAUUCGAGAUUUUACUGACGCUCUCCUGUUAGCAAGACAGGAAGCAAAAGAGGAGGGUAAAAAUUCUCUUCAGUACCUUAGCGAUGGAAACUUGGCUCAAGUAAUAUCUGACCUUUUUGCAGCUGGCACUGAUACGACACAGAUGACUCUGCGAUGGAUGGUUCUUUUAUUGGCCAAUUCUCCCGAAGUCCAGCAAAAAAUGUAUGAAGAAAUAGAGAACGUAAUAGGAAACCGACCUCCCGUUCAGGAUGACAAACCACAGUGUCCUUACAUAAGUGCCGUUAUCAUGGAAACGUUGCGUUUUGGAACGGUUGUGCCACUGGGUAUUGACCAUAAGACUACGUGCGACACAGAAAUAGGUGGACAUAAGAUUCCUAAAGACACAAUGGUCCUAUUCAACCUUUGGGCUCACCAUCGAGAUAAAACCUACUGGAAAGACCCGGAUGUUUUUAACCCUGAUCGUUUUCUAACAGAAAACAAAACUUUGACCAACGAACGUACCAGUAGCUACGUUCCAUUUGGACAAGGACGUAGAAUGUGCUUGGGAGAAAAACUGGCUCUGGCUGAUACUUUCCUUAUUAUUGUUCGACUUUUGCAGCAAUGUAAGUUUUCCUUACCAGGCGGCGCUGGAUCUGCAUGUUUAGAUCCACAACCUCUCGGUCUUGUCAGCGUUCCCGUUCCUUACAAAAUAGAGGUAACAUCUAGAAAGUAGUAGUUUUAAAUCAGUGGAAUUAUUAGGAAUUUAUGUUCAUUACAUAAAUAAAAUCGUAAUAUACGUACAUGUUCUAAAUAAACUUAUAAAUAUUAAAUGUGAAUUAUAAAGACCAGAAA